AUGAGCUCGAAGCCAUACCAGAAAAACGGGCACCUUGCCCCGUCCCCUCAACUGAGCGCCAAUGAUUGGGAAGAAUGGGAGGAUGCCAGCGUCAUUCCCAGUGAAGACGACGAGCACGUUCUUGUUCAUCCACCGCCUCCCAAGCCACCGUCCCAGUACCUGCGACCACAAAAAAACACGCCAGCGCGAGUCUCUCGUUAUUCGACCGUCAAGAUUAAGCGUCUCAAGUCGCGACAGAGACAAAGGGCUCAGAAUGCCAAGGCUGGCAUCAGUCUCAUCACUGACAUGGCCGCCUUGAGUCGCGAGACAAAACAACCCAACCAAAAUGCCGUCAAGUUUGUCGACUCCGCUGCGCUUCGCGCGCUCGAAGGCGAACCUAACUCGGCGUCCGUUGGAAACUGGAACUGGCUGAAGCGAAACAAAGGACAAAGCCCAUCGGCCUCUCCGCAAGCCAACCAAUCACCCCAGCAAGGCCUCUCCCCAGAUGACCGGCCUAUCAUGAUUGGCAUCUCAGUAGCACCGAGCGACGCAUCUUCUUAUGACCAUACUCCAUCCACAGCUCACCCCGAUAAAAGUGGCAUCGCAAAGGGUGGUCUCGGCAUCUUACCCCAGAACAACCCUCAGCCAAAAUCCUUCUGGUCUCCCGAUACCCCGGACACGGUUCAAUCAUUUGCCAGGUUUCGGCCCGCCUCGAGCGUGUAUUCCCAAGCGCCACCGUCUGCCGCUCCUAUGUUAACAGACAUGCCUCCGGUGCCAUCUCUUCCCAAGCAAUAUCAGAAACACGGCAGACUCAUCAGCGUAGAACUUGAGGGCGGCGCAGAUGAUGACGAGGCUGACACGCCCUGCACACUAUUUGAAGAAGAUGGCACCAGUCCAAGGAACGUGAUGGCGAGCAGAAAAAACACAGUCUCCCCAGAUAGUGCCAUUUCGGCAUCGCGCGGGUGGUGGGAUCACGUUGUGUCGCCAUUCGUCGACAAGCGAAUGACAUUGAGCAGUCGCAAGCAGAAAAUGGACUCACCCAAAGAUGACAAGCCUCUGCCGUCGCCCGUCGAAGCUUGGCCAGUUACAUACCCCAAGGCAGAGCCUGUCCGCCCAUCGAGUAUGAACAAGACUCCCAUUGUUCGCAUUCCCACUCCCCGGCGAACACCUUCGCCCAGCUCGUCGGCAGGACCGUCGCACGCUUCAGACUCUCGAGUCGCACAGCCCCCGUCUGAUUCACGGCGCGGUCGAAAGCCCCGAAUCAUUGUCACAGACGAAGAAGAGUCCACAACGGACCACCCCCCUCCGUACUCACCGCCGAAGCGACAAGAGCAUGGCCCGAUCCGUUACAGAGCAGUGUUCCCCCCUGGACACGCACUGCAUGCCCAGUUUCCUCCGUCUCCCAACCCCAACCCCGUCUCACCAGGGCUCGCAGCAACGAUGACCUCGCAAGGUGCUACGCAGAUGACUGACCUGGGAUCCACGCCGAUGCGAAGCGCGACACCUCUCUCUCACGCACGUCUUCCCGCUCGCCCGCUGGGAACCUACCAGCCGUCCGCUCACCUAUUUGAUGCGUCGGGGCCGCACAACCGCGUCGAGAGAACCAGACGCCGCCACGAAAAAGAAGACAUGAUUGCUCAUCGCGCUGGCGGCUUCUGGCGCGGCCGCGGCUGCAUCCCGGCCCGUGGCUGUUACGGCCGCACCGGACCAGAAGGCCGCAAGAAGCGCCGCGUCUGCCUAUGCGUCUGGUCCGCCAUCAUUGCGCUGCUCAUCCUCAUCAUUGUGCUGGCGGUGGUCCUCACGAGACCCCGCACCCGGCACGAGAUGCCCUCCAUCUGGGUCAACCUGACCGACUUUCCACCCAUGCCGACAGGAGUACUGACCGUGGCCGGAGGCGACAACACGGCUGCCAGGAGCUCCUGCACGGCGCCCACAACCCUGUGGAGCUGCUCGCUGCCGAAGGACGACCAAAAGUCUGUCGCGCCGUACAAGGCGAACCAGCCUACGGUGAUUAUGCAGAUACAGUGGGACAAUAGCACACGCAAGGCGUGGAAAGUCCCAAACGGAGACGCGCCCACGUCGAUCUCGCGAAGAACCCCGGGCUUUGUCGCCAGAGCUCAUGCAUUCGUGCACGCCCGGGCUGGCGCCGGAUUCAAGUCGGACCCGCCACCUCCUGACUUCAAGGACAUGUGGUUUAUGGGAGAGACGACGGACGACAUAGUUUCCGACGACAAGGCCGGCGAGCCCGCGCCUUUCUACAUUAGUAUUCUCAAAGCCAUGAACGACACGGUCGACACACCAAUCAUGCAGCGACGCGACGACGACGGCAACAACAUUGGCAACGUCAGCCUCGUCGACAUUUUGCCCCGUCCCGAUCUCGCCGCCGACGGCACGCCUGCCCCCGCCGUGCUUCUGCCGAACCCCGUGCAGCAGCCGGUGCGGCUCUACGACCGCGGCCUAGCCACGGAGCACUACGGCUUCUACACGCACUUUCGGCGCACCAUCUUCCUCAAGUCUGUCACCACGCCCAACAGCUCCGCCGACCCCAACGUGCCGCUCGACAAGGACGGCGGGUGCCGCAAGUCCGAGGCCAAACACAUGGUGACGUGGGGCGAGACGCGGAUGCUGGUGCGCAUCUGGACCCGCAAGCUGGCGACCAACACGUCGAGCCUCGUGCGGCCCGACGCUGGCAGCAGCGGAGAGGUUGCCGUGGCGCUGCGGAGGCCCGGCACCAUGCCCUGGCCCGUGACGAUUACGCUCGACACGCACGGCGGCGACCCCAAGAAGAAGUUAGUCUGGCAGACGCCGGUGGACGAUCGCCAGAACCUCGUCAUGGACCAGUCCAAGCUACUGGCCAACACGAUGGACGUGGGCGGCACCUGGAUCAACCCGCGCGGCACGGGCGACCCCAAGUAUGGGGGCUUCGACGGCGGUUCUGGUGGCUGCAAGUGCGAGUGGGUGAAUUGGGUGUAG